AUGGAAGUGAAUGGUGAACCAGAUAUAGCUGGUAUUUUCAGCGCGGCUUUAAUGCCAUUGAAAGAUAUGAAACAUGCAGAUAUUUUGGACCAGUAUGAAAUGAACAUGGCUGAGGGAAAUAUAACACCUGACGUUCUAGAACAUUUAUCUCAAAGAACUACACAGAACCAUAGAGAUGGUAUAUUUGGUGAAGAGUUUAGAAAGAAAGUUAGGGAGAGAGAAGGAAGAGAACCUAUUGUACAUGACCUUGCAAACGAAAGUUUGCAAAAUGUCAUAAAAACUUACUUUGCAGACAAUGAACCGAGAAGGGAUGAAUAUUUAAGAAAACUCAAAUGGACAGUACCAAAUGAAAUGUUAGUAUUGAAAAACAUGUUCCAUGACAAAAUAAAACCAACUACAGAAAUAAAUGACGCAAGACUGAAACGUUGGGUAAAAGCUUUCCCAUUCACAAAAGAUAUUAUUGGUUACAUGGAAAGAAAACCAGAAUGGCUACAAAAACAUAUAUUUGGAAACGAGCUUAUUCCAUAUGGACAAGCUCUGUUUGAAGAGCUUGAACCGGAAACUCAGGAAAGAGUCAUGCAAACAAUACGCGAAGACUCAAAUACAAACUAUGACAAAAUCUUUCUAGGAUAUAG